AAUCAGUAUAUGAUCUUCUCCCGAAAGAGCUGCAGCUGCCAUCUUCUAGAGAGCAGAACGCAGCCGCUAUGAGUCAAAAAAGCGGUGGAGAGGCAGGACCUCCGCCGUCGACGGCUCUCGCCGCAGUGCCCAGGUUUAGGGUGAGUUUCUGUAAACCAGAAGUCUGUUGCCUUUGGACAUCUGUACCUAACUGCAGCCAAAUGCAUCCCUCUGACGAGGCAGGACAUGCUGGCUGCAGCUGAAGGAAGGUGACGUAUUUUCCAGCUUAAAUGAAUUUCAUUGUGGGAUUUUAGGUUUCACUGCAAAUUGGACUUGCUUCUUCUGGCUAUUUUCUCUUCCAGUUUAAUUCAUAUUUCAUUUGUGUACUGUAUAUGUUCUGUUGAAAAUGUUCUUGUACUCUGGUUUAUGAUAUUUGUUUGAUCUGUUGUUUGACAUUUGUUUUUUCUUUGUUUGCUUGUUGUUUAGUGUUUUUCAUUUUGUUUAUUUUUUUGUUUUUAUUUACAUGAUGACUGUUUUUUAUUUCUUUGUCCUUGUUGUUUUGUCUUACAUUGUUUUGUAUUUACUUUUUAGUUUUAUUUUGUUUUGUAAGGGACAAUUCUUCUAUAAAAUAUUAGGCCAUUAAAUACUUUUUAAUUAUAAAUGUAAACUUAGAUUUUCAAUUCAGUUUGCUCAUAUGUUUUUCCGAAACAUUUGUGAUGUUUUUCUCUUCAUCAAACUUGUUUUUCAAAAGUAUUUUGAGACACUUUCAAGUUUUACUGCAAGGCAAUAACUCAACAUACAAAUGAGCUGAAUUUUACGCUACUGGUCAAAACCUUGGAAUAAUUAAUAUUUUUUAAAAAUAUUUUUAAAAUAAGUAUUUUCAAAAGUAUCUAAAAUACAGUGAAAAGUAAUAUUGCUACAAUUUAAUAUAUUUUAAGAGUUUUCAUAUAUUUUUAACAGUUUUCAGUGUCAUAGAAUCCUUCAGAAAUCAUUUUAAUAUGCUGAUUUGUUGCUCAAUAAACAUUUAUUAUUAUUAUCAAUGAAAUACCAUUAUUAUUAUUAUUAUUAUUUUAGCAAUGAAGGCAUUUGUGCUGAUGAAUACCUUUUGGAAACUGCAAUACAUUUUAUUUUUCUGGAUUAUUUGAUUAAUAGAAAGAGCAGCAUUUAUUAAAAAUAGAAAUACGUUGUAACAUUAUGAAAACUGAACUAUUUAAUUUUUCCUUUUUAAAUAAAAGUAUUAUUUUUUUCUUCAAUUUUUUUUGUCUUGUGACAAAUUUUAAAUAGUAGUGUGUAACAAUUUUUAAUAAAAACAUUAGCAACAAAUUCAAUUUUCGACAUAGAAAUGUUUCAAAUCAGCCUAUUAGAAUGAUUUCUGAAGGAUCAUGUGACACUGAAAACUGGAGUAAUGAUGCUGAAAAUUCAGCUUUGAUCACAGAAAUAAAUGUUUUAAAAUACAUUUUUAAAUAGAAAAAAGUUAUUUGAAAUUGUAAUAAUAUUUUAAAAUGUUACAAGUUUUACUGUAUUUUUUAUUAAAUAUAUGCAGCUUUGGUGAGCAUAAGAGCCUUUUUCCCAAAGCAGUAAUAAAUCUUCAUUAUUCCAAACUUUUGACCAGUAGAGUACAUAAAGAUAAUAUGAUUAUCUAUUCAGAUUAGUUCAUUUUGCCCCUUUCUGCGUUUUACCCCUCUGCACACCUAAUAAAUUGUUCUGUCUCAUACUGAGUCUGGAUGUCUUGUUUGACCCAAAUUAUGAUUCUGAUACUAUUAUUUUUAAGCUUUAAUUUCAGUCUAAUUGAAUUUAAAUGUUUUUUUCUUCUGAGACGGAAUCAGCUGCAAGAAUACUUCUGCCUAAAUCCAAAAAAGUGUAAUUCUCUCACUGCUCUUUGGAGAAUACAGAUUACAUUUUAGUUUGGCCCCUCAGGGCUCCUGUUGGCUUGUGUUACAGUUUCUAUCAAUAGUGAAAGCUCUGAGGGCUCAGUAUAACACAACACACUCAGGUUGCUGUGUUAAGCUGGCUAUUUGCCGAGUAAAGAGUACAGUGCGGUCAGAAACAUGGAGGCCAGACUAAUGAAUCAGAGGGGGUCUUGUAACUCUGACACAGAUUGUCCAAAGUUGAAUAUACUAUCUGUUAUCUACCUCUGGUUUGCUAUCCAGUGGAUAUGAAUCUAUUGAUUUAUCUAACCUGCAUUUUUCAUAUUAAUGUUCCUAAAUUGCUAUCAAAGUUGAUGUUACUGGUCUUCAAAAAAGCUGAUUUGCAGCCACUCUCAGCCACCUUAAAGAGGCAGAAGAGACAGACGCUCUGUGUUUUAGUUUGUGUAUUGUUGCACGCCUGCCAAGAGGUUGCAACAUAAUGCGUAAUGAAAAACUCUGCCUUUGUAGUCCUCCUCCAGAACAGGCUUUCAAUUAAUUUCAUUACAAAUUCUGCACAAACAUAGGAGCAGAAGACUCAAAUGUCGCUGUAUCAGAUGACAAACUGGCAAAUUGUUUCUCUCUAGUCUUAAUGAAGUGUUUGUGACAGAGAAUGAAAAAAAGGAUGGAAAAAUAAUACAUUUUACAAAUAUUAAGAUUCAUAUGCUAACCUCUAGAACAUAAGGCUCAGAAUCAAAUGGUUGAAACUUACACAACAUAUCCGGUUCAGCUGAUGAAGAAGGACGAUUUCAAUGUGUUGAAUAAAUAAAUAAAUAUAUAGAGAAUGGUUUGUGGUUGCUAUUAUUGUCACCUGUCCAUGUCGGAUAGUAUUUCGCACACGGAAAGAUUUCUUCCUGAUUUAAUUAUGUACGGCUUGACCACACUUCCUGUGCAUGCAGGUGUCCUCAUAUUUAUCAUGCUGCAUUUAUGCAGCAGUUUGAUCAAGCUUUUUAAAAUAAUUCAUUUGAACUGUAGAUGUUGUGAGACACAACGACAACUCUCAUGAAUAACGAUAUAUAUAAAUAUGCAUAAGGCAGAAAUAGCAAGGAAAGCAUAAAUGAAGCUUAUCAGGUUCAUGUUUUGGAAUAAAAGCUGAAAGUGGAUGCAAAUCAUUCUCUGACUGAUGUGAGAGUAUUAUUUGCUGGAUGUUAACCAGGUUUUGUUACAGUUGCUGUUGAAUCAUUGUUGUUAUAUGAAUGGCACGGCCGUUUGUAAAUAUUAUGGGUCUGGCUUCCAGUCUCAUCUGCGUCCAGCUAUUUUUAGCUGUACAAAACAGCUUGUUUUGCUUCUUGGUAUUGUAAAUUGGUGUGUCUUACCAUAUUAUUUUAAUGUAUUAUCUUAGUUAUGAACACACUGGUUUGUAGUGCAACCAGUUUUACCAUUUACUGCACAUUGUUAUUCUUCUUGUUAUUUCCCUAUAGCGGCUAAUGAACCUGAAGUCUCGCCCAUAAGUUUACUUCCAUGUUGAAGAAUAAGAGUCUUUAGACCAGCUGUAUAAUGUGGAAACUGAACAAUUGUGGAUGCAUCCUCUACCAUUAUGUUUUGCAUAUGAGCCAUUAGGGUUUCAUGGUAAAUGGUGAGGAUGGUAAAAGGAUGGGAAGUCAAGCCACAUUAAAAUUCAUCAAUUAGAAAACAAAUUCAGCUGCAAAGCAGCUCUACAGAAAAUAAUAGUGUCGUUAUUGAGCUCAGUUUAGUUCAGUUCAGGUCAUUUCAGUAGUGUCAACUGAUAAGUUCAUAAAUUACAUGAAACAAGUUUAGUUCAACUGUAAGCAGCUCUAGUGUUAUUAUCCAACUCUGUUUAGUUGCAAUGUUGUUCUCAUCCAAUAGUAUGAUUGCAGUAUAAUUGUCUUUUAAUCUGAUGAUUGGUGUCUACAACAUGUCUGUCUUUUCUUUAUUUGUGCUGUACUCUAUAUGUAAUAAAUUCUAAUGUAUUUCACCUGAACUAGGAUAAAUGUACUAAACUAUGUACUUCUGAGAAAAAUGUUUUUCAUGGUUUUGUUUUGUGCAUAUUUGACUGCCAUAUGUUUGACAUUUGUUUUUGAAUUAUUUUUUAAAUAUAUAUUUUUAUUUAUUUAUUUAUUAAGCAGUGUUGUUCACGUUUGAAAGUUUUAUUUUCAAAGAAAUUCAGUUUGCAUGCCUUACAAGCACAUGAUUAACGUCUUUAUUUGCAGGAUGUAUCAAUGAAUUUUUCCCCUGAAUUUCUUUCAGGCUGUUUUUAUUCAUGACCCUUUCUCCAAAGAAUUAAAGAAGUUGCGAAACAGUGUUGGUAUAAUGCUGUUUGUUGCAACAGGGCAUUAUUCCCACAUAUUUGAGCAUUUGGAAUGGUAGGACUGGACUGGGCAGGACUAGAAUGUGGAUUGGCCUAGAUAUUAAUAUUUUAGCCUAGACUACAGUCUUCCAAAUGUAAACACUGUUACCAGACUGAUGAAAGUUGUAAUGUAAUGCUCAUUCCACAGCCACUGUGGUUAGAAACUAUUGAGUUUGUUUUGUAAGGAGGGGCAUCAAGCUCACCCUAUUGUUAUUAUCAUUCAGUGACUCAAUCAAAUCAAGUCUGUCUUAUUGUAUAGGUUCACAGGCUUCUUUCAAACAAUGAAUAUUAUUAAGGGGCCAAGCACCACAGAUACACAUGUUAUUUUUCCUAUACAUCUGGCUGGGUUUUAGAUUGACUUAGAGGAAGGUUUUCGGGCAAUUUUUUGGCAUGUUAAAAUUCUUUAGUUCGUUAGCACUGUGUUCUGAAUGUAUUUGAAAGGCUUAGUAACAGAGCCACCUUCUUAAAAAGAAAAAAAAAAGCUUUUCAACAAUUAAUUGUAAAGUGAAAAUUAAGAAUCAAACAAUGGUUGGACACAUUUCCUUAUUAAAAUAUUAAAAUCUUUUUAACACUUUGUUGCAUCAGAACGAUACUUGGUCAGUACCAUCAGCACUAUGUUGUGUGAAUCUCUGAGUUGUUUUAAGACUAUACCUGAAUUUGCUAUAUGCAAUUUGAACUAUACCUGUUUUUCUAUGGUUGGCCAUAUUGCCUUGCCAGUUUUUUUUUUGUAAAAGAUUGCACAAUCUUUCCUAAAAUAAAGAUGUAAAAUCUAACAAUGCCAGUUUUUCCAGUUGGCCAUAUUGCCUUGCCAAUUUGAUUGUAAAAUAUUGCACAAUCUUUUCUAAAGUAAAGAUGCACAAUCCAACGAUACCAGUUUUUCCACAUUCGGCCAUAUUGCCUUGCCAAUUUUGUUGUAAAAUGUUGCACAAAUGCAAAAAAGCAAAAAUGCAUUGGCAAGCAUCGACACUGUGUUUUAAAGGGCUCUGAGUCAUUUCAGGACAACACCACGUAGUGAUCACCUUUUUUCCCUAGCGCUACAAAUUCUACAAUUCCAAUCCAGUCCUUAUUAAAGUUGAUGAUCUUCAGAGUAAAUGUAAUAUUUAUGUCUCAUUAGGCAGCUGUCAAAGUUGUAGCAGUGCAGUUUGGUUUAAGCUCUAGAUUGCUGAAGUUUGCUGGUUAGAGCCACCCAUGAUGCAACUCAUGAACCAUCCUAGUUUUGCAAUGCACAAAACGCUUCUGGUGCUUGGCCCCAAAGCAUUUUGAUUAAUUUCAUCCAAGCUCAUGGUCAUGCAAUAGAACAGAUUUGAUGUUAAAGAAAUGUCACUGUGUAUGGUCACUGUAAAAAAGGUUAGUUUAUCCAGAAAAGAAAUUCUGUCAUCAUCUGCUCACUCUCUUUCAAUCCACACGUAUAAGACUUUUGUUUAUCUUGAAAACGCAAUUUUCAAAGAUGUUUUCUAAUCUUUUUUUGUCCAUCCAUUGAAAGCCAAAAUGCUCAAAUCGCUUAAGUGGUCUGUGAUGCAUUCCAGACAAAACUGGACAAGUGUAAAUGCAUCUAGAUGUUGAAACCACAUUUGUGACCCUGGACCAAAAAAAACAGUCAUAAAUAGCAGUAGUAUAUUUGUAGCAAUACAUUGUAUGGGUUAAAAAUUUUUCUUUUUUUUUCUUUUAUGCCAAAAAUCAUUAGGAUAUUAAGUAAAGAUCAUGUUCCAUGAAGAUAUUUUGUAAAUUUCCUACUGUGAAUAUAUCAAAACUUAACUUAAUUUUUGAUUAAUAAUAUGCAUUGCUAAGAACUUCACUUGGACAACUUUAAGGUGAUUUUCUCAAAAAAAAAAAAAAAAAAAAAAAAAAUUUGCACCCUCGAAAAGCUUAUUUAUUCAUCUUUCAGAUGAUGUAUCUGAGAUUUUUUUGAAUAUGAUUGGUUUUGUGGCUCAGGGUCACAUAUGUAAAUUUUACUCCUCCCAAAAUGUUAAAAUAACAAAACAUGUGAGAGUGUGUUAUAAGCUAAAUGUCAUAGACAGAUAUUGACAGCGCAAAUGCAACAGGCAUUGCCACGUAUGAGUAGGCCUAGCUGAGUGACACACAAAAGAAACCAAAAGCAAGUCGCAGACUCUCAACACACAAUCAUCUUCAAUAAAAGUACAGAUCUUGAAAUUAGCUGAAAUUACUGAUUUCGUUGAUGUCAACUCCUUUAAAUUUGCAAAUAGCACGGGAAAAGGCCUCUAUGUGACCCUGGACCAUAAAACCAGUCAUAAGGGUCCGAUUUUUUUUUAAAUGAGAUUUAUACAUAAUCUGAAAUCUGAAUAAAUAAGAUUUCCAUUGAUGCAUGGUUUACUAGGACAGGACAAUAUUUGGCCGAGAUACAACUAUUUGAAAAUCUGGAAUAUGAGGGUGCCAAAAAUCUAAAUAUUGAGAAAAUCUCCUUUUAAAGUUGUCCAAAAGAAGUUCUUAGCAAUGCACAUUACUAAUCAAAAAUUAAGUUUUGAUAUGUGUACGGUAGGAAAUUUAUAAAAUAUCUUCUUGGAACAUGAUCUUUACUUAAUAUCCUAAUGAUUUUUGGCAUAAAAAAAAUUGAUCAUUUUGACCCAUACAAUGUAUUUUUGGCUAUUGCUACGAAAAUAUUCCCGUGCUAUUUAAGACCAGGGUCUAGGGUCACAUAUCCAUUUUGCGGAGACACAUUUAUGUGCUCAAGUUUAAAUGAAACCGUUUUAAAAAAUGAAAUUGAUAUCUCAUAAGAGAAAAUGCAUGAAGUGACCAGGUGUAAACAGGCUCAUAAAGAAAUCCUAAAGGUAUGAGUCGGGCAGCUUAAUCUAAGUCUUCAGAAGAAACAUGGUCUCUUUAUGACAGGUUUAUCCUUUUAUUCACAUAUAAACACUGAUCAAUGCACACACUGCACAUAUAGCUCAUCAAAUAUGUUAAACAUGCUUACUUGACACAUGGGGAAAGUUGGAUUAAACCACUCAAUUGAUAUGGAUUAUUUUUACAAUGUCAUUAUUCACUUUUUGAAGUGUCAAAGUUCUGGUUGUGUAGGCUUUCAAUGGAUGGAGAACAAUAUAAAAAAAUAUUAUGAAGACAAGCUCAAGUCUUAAAUGGGUUUUGAAGGCGAGUAAAUGAUUGUUUUUUGGUUGAAAUAUCUUUUCAAUUAACAAUUUUUCAGUUUCUUUCUAUUCUCAAAUAUGCAUGUUUAUGCAAAACAAGCAAAAUAUUCUAAUGCUUUACCUCAUCCAUUUGUUUAAAUGAGGUGUGGAUGUUGUGUAACUGGAUUUUCAAGGCAAAUUAACACAGAAUGCCAUUAGAUGCACCAGAACCAAGCAAAUAAAACUGAACAAAGCCUUCUUCAUUUUAAUAUAUUUUAAUGGUCAGCUUUUAUUACUCAUUGGUUGUCUCAUUUUCAUUCCAGGAAUUUCUCUCUGAAGCAGGGAGUGUCUGCAUACAAAAUGCUCUGCAGUUUUCUGCUUCAUAGAUGCCUCGUCCGCCUCUUCUGCUAUGAGCAUGGGAAGUCCUCGCAGUGCUUUUCCCACCUCUUCCACCUCAGCUUCAGAACGCAUCGCCACGCACGAAAGCAGCACGCCGGGAGAUGUUAGCGGUCGAAGAAAAGCCGAGGUCCUGGCUGCGGAAAACAAGCUUUCCGGCCGAGAAAAAGGAGGUCAGCAGCCCCAGCAGCAACACCAGAUGACACCCUCCAAACGGCCUGUCCUUAACAUCUCGCCUCCGCCCGAGGACCUGUUCGAUGACAGUCACAUGUCCUGCCAGGAUGAGCUGCUUCUCGACUCAGAGCAGAGUAACAGCAUCUGGAUGGAAAACUCGGUGUCCAACUUCAGUAUUGUGAGCUCCAGCUCCUACAAUGACAACACUGAAGUGCCCCGCAAGGCCCGUAAGUGCACCCCGCGACAGAAGCCUGGGCCAAAGCCGGUUCCUGCUGAAGAAGCCAGCAUGGAUGUCUUCGAUGCAGAUAGUGCCAAAGGUCCACACUUUGUGCUCUCGCAACUUGGCCCAGACAGCAAGACCUGUUCCAAAGCAAGCUCCGAUGGACCACAAGCAUCUGGUCUCAAAGGUGGGAUACUGUCUUGUCAGUAUCCUCAGAAAAGUGAAGGGAAAGAACUGAAGAUUGUGGUGCAGCCUGAGACUCAACACAGAGCGCGUUACCUGACUGAAGGCAGCCGUGGAUCUGUGAAAGACCGAACACAGCAGGGUUUCCCUACUAUCAAGCUUGAGGGUGUGAAGGAGUCAGUAGUCCUGCAGAUUUUUGUAGGCAAUGAUGCUGGACGUGUGAAGCCCCACGGCUUCUACCAGGCUUGCAGAGUUACUGGCCGUAACACAACCGCCUGUAGGGAGGUGGACAUCGAAGGCACCACUGUCAUCGAAGUGCCUCUGGAUCCCAGCAGCAAUAUGACUCUGGCUGUGGACUGCGUGGGGAUCCUGAAGCUCAGGAAUGCUGACGUGGAGGCCCGUAUCGGGGUGGCUGGAUCUAAGAAGAAGAGUACCCGUGCCAGGCUGGUGUUUCGAGUCAACAUCCCACGCCCGGAUGGCUCUGUGCUCACGUUACAGACCUCGUCGUCUCCCAUACUGUGCACCCAGCCUGCAGGAGUACCUGAGAUUCUCAAGAAGAGUUUGCACAGCUGUUCGGUUAAAGGGGGGAGCGAAGUCUUUAUUAUUGGAAAAAACUUUCUCAAAGGAACCAAGGUCAUAUUUCAGGAGAAUUCUUCAGCAGAUGAUAAAUCCUGGAAAGCAGAGGCUGACAUUGACAUGGAGUUUUUCCAUCAGAAUCACCUCAUAGUCAAAGUCCCUCCAUAUCAAAAUCCAGCUAUCACAUCUCCUGUAUCUGUUGGUAUCUAUGUUGUUACGAAUGCUGGACGUUCCCAUGAUGUUCAACCAUUUACAUACACUCCAGAGCCAGUUGUCGAUUCUUCUGUGAAAAAGGAAGUCUUGCCUCCAGUGACACCGUGUUGUUUUGAACAAAUGAAAGUAAUUGAUACUGCCUUGAUGACGCCUGUUUUGCCUCUUGUUAAACGAGAAGAAGUCACUCCAAUGGAGGUCUCCAGUAACCCCUCAGCCUUCAAGACGUCUGAAGUCAUCAAUUCAGCCCAGCAAGCCUUAGAUAUGAGUGCUGAGAUCUCCACCAACAACUGCAAAUUUUCCAGUCCGCUGGCACACCAAACAAGAGAACAGGAUCAAUCUCAGAAUUCUGUCUUUUCCAACAAAGAACCAUUCAGCACCAUCCAGGAACAGAAUCUUGCACCGAGUGGCUCUUUCCAUGUGCCUAAUAAAUCUCUUCUCCAGCAAGGAGUUCAGCCAUUCCUCUUGGAACACAGAGAGAGUCUUGGACAGGAGAGGACAAGCAGCAGCGGUGGUUCAGUGGUGGGCCUUUCCCAGAUUGAUGACAGCUCACAGCAGCAGCUCUCACUUCUACCUCCGGAUGAGGUGGCACAACUGGAGCAGGCCGUGCGGCAGCUGCAAGCGAAGGGAUUCUGCAACAUCCAUAUCCAGAGCGAGAACUCGCUGUCAAAACAAAGACAUCAUCAACUUCAACAGCAGCAGCAGCAAAUCCAACAACAGCAGCAGCAAAUCCAGCAACAACAGCAGCAAAUACACCAACAGCAGCAGCACAUUCAGCAACAAGAGCAGCAAAUCCAGUUGCAGCAGCAGCAACAAGCUCUGGAGAACCUUCAGCAUCAGCUCUUUCAGCCCCAGGUUCAAAUCCAUUGCAGUUCAGAGCAGCAGAGCUCUUCCCAAAGUAUGGUUCAGAAUGGAAACUCCCUCUUCCAGCAAACCCCAUCACAGCAACAGCAGCAGCAACAGCAACAAGCAUCCUUGUUUCAACAAGCAACCGACUUUCUUCAGCAGCAGCCCAGUCAUUCCUCGCCUUCCCUGUUUCACAGUCCGACGGCCAUGACCGAAGCCCAAAGCCCACAGGAGGCUCUUUUCCACACACAAAAGACCUCACCUAAUUCAGAUCAGGUCCAAGCUUCUCUUUUCCAGAGCAAUCUCACAGUUCUCGGUGGGUCCAACAUGUCUGCGGAAGCUCAGCCCUCUGCAACCAGUAUGUUUCUUUCCCAGAAUGCAGUACCAGGCCAGCCACAGCAACUCGCCUUUCUCACUUCUUCUCUCGAGGCCCCAUCUGUAUUCCAGUCUCCACCCCAGCUGUCCCCCAUUCAGCAAGGCACUCCGAUGGAGCAGCAGCAGUCACCACAGCAUGCCCAACCUGGUUCCAUGUUCCAGAGCAUCUCCCAAUCACCAAGCAAACUCUCGCCUGGUCAGCAGCAGCAGGCUAGUCUACUCCUCGGAUCCUUAAAUUCUCCAGUGACGCAAGAGCAAACCUCCAAUCUGUUAUUCGGUGGACAAGUCCAGAUAGGAUCGAUGAACAACAGCAGUCUAGCUUCUCCAGAACAACAGAACACUUCCCUUCCCUUCUCUCAAGCUGGCAUGGUUACAGUCAGGCAGCAGGAGACGUCUGAACGUAUGACAUUUCAGGAUCAGACGGCCAUGGUGGUCAACCCGUCCUCAAACAAGCCCAUUUUCCAAGAUCAGCAACCAAUGCAUUUGGCUCCAAGUUCUGGUACUGCCUCUUCACAAACUGUAAACCUCUUCAUGGCCCAAGGGGGGAUGGCUUCCCAAGAACCUCUUUUUGCACCACAGAGUGAUGUAACCCGAAUUCAGACCAGCACUUCCUCUCCAGUGCAACAGCCUAGUCAACUCUUUCAGACCACAAUGAGUGGAAACCUCACCCAACCCAACCAGAAUCAGCAGCCAGACCUGUUCCUCUUUGAGAUUCAGAAUGAGUGCCGUCAGCUGAUGAACAGCCAAGGAUCUACACUGUCUGACCAGAUCAUUGCCAUCAAUCAGUCUGGACAGAGUCAGCAAGAGAGCGAGGGGCAAAUCCAGUCUUUACUUGGCCAGUCCAUGCCUGAUCCUGGAACCGUGCAGAGCACUUUGACAACCUCUCAGAACAUGGAGAAGAUUGACGACCUUCUCGUGAGCCUUCAGGAGCAAGGCAAUAACAUCUCCUACUAGGUCCUUCAAGGUGCAGCUGCCCAAUAUCUCCAUUCCAUAUAUGAUCGUAGAUAUUUCUUUCACACAUUGGAUAGUUGAGUGUCAAUUUGGAGAUAUUUUGCUCAUACCCCUUAAAAGAAAUAGCAACACAGGCUUUAGGCCAUUAAGAGUGACAAUAAGAAAGCAGAUCUGUUGAAAGAUCUGGCAGAAUCACAAGUCAAUCCAUGAUCUGCAUCUUCAGAACCCUCUGGAGAACCUCAAUGCAUCGUUUCACAAAGAGCAGUUCUCUGAGGAGCAAAAUGCAACCCAUAUGUUCCCGCUAUAAAGACUGUCAUUAGUUCCGCAGCAACCCCCUCAUAAAUAAAGGCUUUGAGGCGUUUGAAAUAUAUAUUGAAGUUCCUUGAGUACACAGUAGGAUAUUUGAGGCACCUGGAAACCUAGAGAUUCCCCAGAGGGUUUUGCUGGAGAACUGAAACGUGCCUCGAUUAUCUCUUUAUUUUUACAGUGACAGCAUUUUGAGAAGAUCGGGACACAUGGGAUGACUGCGGUUAUGCCUGAACAUGAUUUGUAGACUCCCCACUUUCUGAGUGAGCCUUGGAUAACUUUGUGAUACCUAUUUUUAGCUGUAAACUAAACACAUAAUCACAAAUGCUUGAUAGAAGCAGUCUGCAGUGAGAUUUUUAUUUUUAACACUUUUUGUAUAAAGUCAUUAAUACCUUUCUGUCUCAGUACACUUGAGUAUCUAUAAGCUAUUUCUCUUUUGGAAAAAUAUUUGAUGUAGUCAAAUGGGGAAAGAAAAUAUCUAAGUGAAAAAAACAACAAAAAAAAGUGUUUUGGCAUUUUCCUUCUAGCACUUUAUAUAUGUUUCUAGUGUGGUUAGUUACUCCUGACUCAUUGACAUUUCUUCAAGAUGUCUGUCUCAGACCAUGUUUACUGUAUUCCAGUGUCUUUCAUCUCUUUGGACUUGUCUAGUUUAGACUAAUCCGAAUAAUACUAUACCAAUUAGAAAUGUACAUUCCUGCUUUAAAAAAGCAGUUAAUCUAAAAAAAAAACAAAUGGCUUCUGAUAUUUAUGUUUGAUUUUGGUUUACAUAAGUAAUUUCUUGCCAUCUCGUUUCUCAUUUAGCUCGGUGUCUGCUUUGUUUUGCAUGUCUGAGUGUCGUAUAUAUAUGCGUAUGUGUGACAUUUUAUGAUAAUACCUCUAAAAGUGUGUCAUUAUUAAAUUUAUUCUUUACUGAUUCUAAAAUAUUGAUAGUUUAUGCUUAUAUGAUUUUGUGUCAUUGUGAUGGGUUAUUUUAUUUACCAGUGUCUGGUACGCUGGAACAAGGCCGAUUGUUUUUAUUGGCAAAUCAGAAGGGAGUGUCUGACCAGUAUUAUCCACAAGUUCUCUGAAUAUACUGGCAUACGGUCAAUAUGCUGGGGAAGCAACCCUUUGUUUUUUGUAGCAGUAAUAGUUUUGAGCAAUAUUUUACAGCCAAUAAAUAGCCAUCGGCAUAUCAAAACCGAAGACCAUGUUAAACCUUUCAUCUAAAUUGGCCAUUUUUGUGGCUCAGGCGGUUCGGUGUUUGUAUAUUCGACUAUGAAGUGAGUUUUGAAUGUAGAGGAACAUUAUGUGAGCUAUAUGUUUCUGGCAAUAUCAAGCUCAUGUAUGUGUUCUAGCGUCAGACAUGGUGUAAAGCUGCCAAACUAGUUUGUGUGCUCAGAAUAUUAGGCUGAUAUGAAGUUAGUUGGUAGAUUGUCUUGUUGUUAGCAUCAGGAUGAAUAUAUAUAUAUAUAUAUAUAUAUAUAUAUAUAUAUAUAUAUAUAUAUAUAUAUAUAUUUAUAUAUAUAUUUAUAUAUACAUUAUGAGGGAGCUGUUCUCUGUAAUGUCACAGAAAUGGCUCAUUUGAGCCUGCUAUGGUAUUCAAUGUCAAAUUUUUGACCGUUUUCUUUGCUCAGAACCUUGGGUGAUUUUUAUGCCUACUUUUUAGUAGAGACUAUUAUAUCCUCUUUUUUUUGGAGAAGUUUUGCUUGAAGGGUGCUCUCAUAUAUCUCUGCAUGGGGAAGAACUGUGAACAGGAACUGGAAAAAAGAGUUUGUUUUGUGAUUUAUCUCUGUACAAUACUCAAUAUUUAUGUGAAUAUUUACUUUUUCACCAUACCUCUUUUUAGAAAAUAUUUAUUUUUGUGUCUCAAGAAUUUUCACAAUUAGAAUCAAUGCCUAGAUUUCAAUUGAAAUGCGCAAUUACAACAUAUUUCGUUUCUGUCAUACAGUAUGUCGUCUUUUAAAGAAAAUAACGUGUGGAGCCCAUGCACUUAUUGUAACAUUAUGUUUAGGUUGCGCAGACAUUGUUGAAAGUCAGGAGUCAGUUGUGCAUUUCUAUUGUACUUUCACUAUUGCAAAAGGAUAUCAUGCUUCUCAACUCUGGAUUUUUAGGGGAUUUAAUAACUGGCUGGUCAGAACUGGACUUCCUAUAAUGAUUUUAUCAAUCUUUUGGAAAAUACAAGCCAUAUAAAAACAAACAUUGCCCCUAAAAAUUCUAUAUUGUAUGAUUCUUGGGACCAGUUAUGAAUUAUUUAUAGUUCAACUAAGAAAUCUAAACAUCUGUUUUGGGUAAAAUAACAUUUAUAAAUUAAAAAAAAAUCAAUAAAAUGUAAUAGGUAAACUGUGCAAGUGCACAGUCUUUUUUGUUUUUUUAAGUUCAACAUUGCAAAUGAGGCUUAAAAAGUUGUUUAAUUUAUUUGUAUACUGAGACACAUUCUUCCUAUUCAUCCCAAUCACAAAAUCUAUACUAAACAAUGUCUCUAAUAUCAGUUUUUAUAAUGAUUGACAUUGUAAAUGUACAGUAAUUGGUAGCUGUGCCUUCUGAUUUGUAUUUAAAAGCAGAUCAUUUCCUGGCAACUGCCUUGUUUUGACUGGUCACGAAAGCGACGCCCCUUUACAAAUGAGUUUUUCAAAGAAAUAUACAUGUAUGUGUCACUUUAAAAUUGACUAGAUAAAGAAUAUGCAAUAUUAUUUUACAGUUUGUUUAAUAUAUGCUUCUGUUUAAUUUUUGUGCAGCAGGCAAUAUAUUGUUUUAAACAGUUAAGCAGUUAGGAUGAGUGCAAGAAAUAAGUCAGCCUUUUCAUAUUCAGUUGGACUUCUUUAAUCCUUUAAUAAAGAGGAACUUAAACUGUUAUGGUUCUGUUGCUUAUUAAUAUAUGCUAAUUCCUAUUGUGCCAUAAUGAUGUGCACAAUAGGUAUUAUGUCUAAUGGCAAUAUACUUUUAUGUGUCAGUUUGCUAUAAUGUGUUGUCAAGUUUGGAAAGUCUCUGUUGGAUGUGAUGAUAAAAUAUAUGAGCUACUUCUGACAUAUUUGUGACAGUUUAUUACAAAAAAAUAUACCUUGCUUUUGUUGGGGCAUUUUUACUCUUGCAGCUAUUUUUUCUGUAAAUGUGCUGCUAUGUAUCAAUAAAAUAGGUUGAAGAAAAAUAA